AUGGCACUGCUCUCCCUGCUGCUGCCUCUGCUCUCCCUGAUGCCCGGGACCGGAGCCACCAACUGGCACGCCGUGCACUGGAACAGCUCCAACUACCAUUUACGGCGAGAUGGUUACACGGGUCAGGUGAAUGUGAACGACUACCUAGACAUUUACUGUCCACAUUACAAUGAGACCAUGGUGGAGCACAGGAUGGAGCAGUAUAUUCUCUACAUGGUGAAUUACGAGGGCUACCGCACCUUCGACAUCAGCCAGGGCUCCAAACGCUGGGAGUGUAACUGGCCCCACUCCCCGCACAGCCCCAUCAAGUUCUCAGAGAAGUUCCAGCGAUACAGCGCCUUCUCCUUGGGUUACGAGUUCCACGCGGGACAUGAGUACUACUAUAUCUCAACGCCGACCCACAACCACAGGCGCUCGUGCCUGAAAAUGAAGGUGUUUGUGUACUGCGCCACCACGGCUCACUCAGGAGAGAAGCACGACCCCACACUGCCCCAAUUUACUAUAGAGCCUGAAGUGAAGAUUGAGGUUCUUGGUAACUUUGAUCCAGAGAUCCCCAAGUUGGAGAAAAGCAUAAGCGGGACAAGCCCAAAGCGGGAACAUUUACAUUUGACUGUUGCGGUGUCUCUGCUCCUCAUGACGCUCUUGGCAUCUUAGUCUUCCUGUGUUAGGACCGGAGACCUCAGAGCUGGAUACUAACGCAAGUAAAAAAACAGCAGUAAAAAUUCAGCAAGGACUGCGCAGGUUGGAUCGUGGCUGGAGGGAGCG